AAACUUCCCAUUUCCGCAGGAAGCCGUCGCUAAUAUCACUCCCCCUUUUCGCCGGAACACAUCGCCUUUCGUGAACCAACCUUCGCGAUACAGUCGCCGGACAUUAGAGCUACCUGGGAAGGAAACGACACAAAAAUUUCCCUGUAACAGAUGGGCAGGCUUUCUGCACUGAGAAGGUACUCCGUACCAUGGCCGAGCAGUAUCUGGAGAUUGCCCGAGGCACCCGACGGACUCCUCUCGGACAAGAGUGGACAACUUAUUACACAAGCUAGGCCAUGUUUUCCCCCGCACCGGCUACCGGCGGCAGCGGAGACCAUAGGACACCGCGCUUUUGAAUCCUCACGCCCAUUUGCUUCUUGCUUCCGCUCACCCACCAUGCCAUACUCGUCUGCUUCCUUCUUCCCGAGCUUGGUAUUUGGUAGAAGAACAGAUUAUAAAGUUCUCACCUUGCGCCGAUACUCUACAAUCAAUGAGAGAGAUGAUAGUGCUCUUGAAGAAGAGGUGGAGAGGAAAGCCGGAUGGUUGUUGAAAGCUAUUUUCGUAGUAACUGCAGUUGGUGUUGCUUCCCAGUUCUUUCCCUAUGGAAUUAUGUAUUCAGGUGAUAAUCUGCUGCAACAAUCAAUUUCUCUGCUGCAUGUUAAGGAUCCAUUAUUCAAGAGAAUGGGGGCAUCAAGGCUACGUCGUUUUGCAAUUGAUGAUGAAAGGAGGAUGAAAGUAGUAGAGAUGGGUGGAGCUCAGGAUCUUCUGAUAAUGUUGGAAGGUGCUAAAGAUGACAAGACACGCAAAGAAGCUUUGAAAGCUCUUCUUGCUCUUUCUCACUCUGAUGCUGUUGCCGAGAUAUUGCAACAGGCUAAUGCUGCUAUUAUUGUUGCUUCUGCUCCAGAUUCUUCUGAGUUUGAUGAGAUUGGCAAUUGCAAGUCUAGUUUGUUAAAGCGGCUUAGAGAAUUCCAGAAGUUGCAUUGAGUUGAUGUUACUGGUGUGUGUAUGGAGUGGGACUACUAAGGUGAGGGCUUGCUCAAAGGAUGAGAGAAAUGACACACAAGCACAUAGGUGAAACAUCAACUGCGACACAUACAAAAAGCUAACGCCAUAAAUACCAUCUACAAUAUUGACAACGGACUAUUGCCUUCAUAGCAAUCAACUACGGCUCUUGUAGUCUGCUAUCACCAAAAACUUCAUUAAUUACGGUCAGACCUUAUAACUCCAUCUUCUCUAAUUAAAGAGAAGAGUAGAUCUGUACGUGCACCAUCAUAGUGGAUUCUUUUAAUUGAACUAGACACAAUGAUUUUUUCCUUUUUCAG